GCAAAUAGCCAUUCGUAUGUAUGCCCGAACUACACGCCAUUGCUCCCGGCAAGGUUUGGAUGGGGAUGGAUAUAGGCAUUGAUAUAAAAGCCAAAAGCUCCGCACGAUCGGUGCUUAGUCGAGAGCAAGUGACCGUUACGUGCACUACCCAGCAUAGCUACUAGCAAACUCCAAUUUCGGCUCCGAAAUCGCAGAGUGUUGUUGCAAUUGUUUGAAUUCAAAGUUUAGUGAAACAUCCGCGACGUACAUGAUGCGUGGCUAUGCAAUGUUGCUGGUGCUGAUGGCGAUUGUGUGCACCGCCAGUGCCACCUUCGGAUUGCUGGGAGGUGGAUACGGUUACGAUGGCUAUGGUUCUCCAUGGAAUGGUUAUGGAAGCUACGGGGGAUACGGGGGAGGAUACGGAGGAGGAUAUGGAGGAGGAUAUGGAAGCGGAUAUGGUUACUAUCCCUAUGGAAGCUACGGAGGCUAUGGCUAUCCGGGCAAGUAUGGCGGUUAUGGCGGUUAUGGUAGUGGUUAUGGCGGAUACGGAUACCCAGGAGCUGGAUAUGGCGGCGGUUAUGGAGUUGGAUACGGCGGGGGAUACGGCGGGGGUUACGGUGGACUGAGGCCGUACUAUCGCUAAACGCGAAGAUCCGCUUAAGAUCAGUUACCUUUGUUCCAACUGGAAUGUGAUACAACGUUUUUCAACUUUUUUUGUGUUCUUUGUUAGUGUUAGCAUUUAGACAAUAAAUCCAAUGGAUCUGAUAGAAAUUCCAUUCACAAACAAAACGGUAAAUUUGCUGUCAUGCAUCUCUGAAUUGGGCAACACUCACCUGGUCGCAC